AUGAGUGCAAAAACAGACGAGCUCGUACCAGCAUACAAAGACAUCAUCUUCGUCGACACUCUGCGCGUAUCAGCGAAUAUUGGACAGGACUGCUGGGGGCGGCAGCGCCCUCAGCCACUCGAGAUCACGGUCUACCUCCAUCUUAAGGCAUCCUACCUCGACGCUGCUGGUAAUUCGGACGAUGUCCUCGACUCGGUGCACUAUGGACACCUGACCAAGGCUAUCACCUCGCUGAUUGAAUCGCGGAACGAGAAUGGCUUCCGCAACGCUCGUGAACUGACUUGGUCUGUUGCUGGUAAAGCCUUCGAGCUGGCGGGCAAGGCGACCGAGGAAGUGAGGGUCGUGCUCGAACUCCCGAAGAUGAUCCUUCUGGCGAGCGGGCUCACCAUCGAUAGCACAUAUGCGACAGGUGACGAUGGAAACGGCGAAUACGCCCUUUGGUCGAAGAAAGUGUCGGUCAAAGAUAUCAUCCUUUCUGUCAUCAUUGGCGUCAAUCCUCCGGAACGGGAAUCAAAACAGAGAGUGGUUUUGAACAUCGACUUCUUCGAGAAGAGUGGACCAGCAGCUGUCGACUAUCCGGCUAUUGUUGGAAACCUUUGUCAGGAAAUUGAGGCGUCGUCAUACCUCACAUUGGAGAAAUUCGUCAUGCAGACUGUCCGAAGCGCGUGCCUUUCCUCGAAUGGCAUUGAAACUGUGACAGUUCGCGCUCAAAAGCCAAGCGCCCUCAGUUUCGCACAGUCAUCCGGCGUCGAGAUUACAAGGAAUCGCAAGGCUUUCCUAUGA